GAAGCCACCCCAGCCAGACCUCGGCUCAGGCUGAUUCGAUCUAGCCGUUCAGCUUUCAUAAUCGGAUCGCAGCGCCUCUCAACAGCCGCCGUCACUGCAAUGCAUCCUUGACAACACAACGGAGCGACACGACACAAGGCGACAAACAACGACAAUCCAUAACCGCAACUCAAUGCCGACUUGAUGAACGACUCGAGCUUCGUCCAGGCCCAGCAGCGCGUCGCUGCCCGACGACAGGCCCGCGAGGCCGAACACAGAGCCAGGACCGCGGCUCAGCGCGAAGCCUCUCGCGUGAACACGCAGCUGCAGCGUCUGCCAUACCCGCUCAACCGCCUUGCCAAUGCGUGGGACUCGGCUUCUUCCAUAGAAAACACUCGGCCUGCGUUCCGUGUUGCGCAGGUCGAUGCCGAGCUCUUGGAUGAAGAGCUGCUGGAGCUCCUCAAGGGACAAGUCGGCGAUGCCCUCAAGUACUAUGCCGGCGGACAUCUCAAGGAUGACUGGUCUGCAGAGAUCAUGCUGGCGCUAAGGGCCAUCCUUUUCAAGCUUACGGUCUGGGACAACGAUGCGACGUACGGAGCGGCCCUGCAGAACCUCAAAUACACCGACGCCAGAAAAGGGGGCCCUGUGCUGGCACCCCCGACGAAGCUACAGAAGUCGCUGUACGGCCUUGUCACAGUGUUUGGAAAAUAUGCAUGGACUAGAUGGGAAGACUGGCUCGUAGACCAGGACGAUGGAUACAGCGAUCCCCCCCCUGUGGUGCAGAGGCUAUCUCGAUUGACGUCUGGGCUGACAACAGUCCACUCUGCCGCGGCAUGCGUCUCCUUUCUCAUAUUCCUCUUCCGCGGACAGUAUCGCACGAUCCUCGACCGUGUUUUGCGGAUGCGGCUUGCGCCUCCCACAAGCCACGUCAGCCGCGAAGUUUCCUUUGAAUACCUCAACCGCCAGCUUGUCUGGCACGCCUUCACCGAAUUCCUCCUCUUCGUUCUGCCAUUGAUUGGCAUCAACCGUUGGAGGCGAUGGCUGAGCCGCACCUGGCGGAAAACCAAAGAUAUUGUCAGCACAAAACAAGUUGGCGAUACUGCGAGCGGCGAGUACGGCUUUUUGCCAGAAAGGACCUGUGCCAUCUGUUACCAGGAUCAGAACGCUGCGGCGUCGUCAGAAUCAGAAAUUAUGGCGGCGGCAGCAUCUAGCGGCGUGAUCGGAUCGGCGCAGACUGAUGUUACCAACCCAUACGAAGCCAUUCCCUGCGGAUGCAUCUACUGCUUCGUCUGCAUUGCGACGCGCCUGGACCGGGAAGAGGGCGAGGGCUGGACUUGUCUGAGGUGUGGAGAACACGUCAAAGAGUGCAAGCCGUGGAAUGGAGACGUGCUCGAGCCUUCUCGUAAAUCAACCUCGACGAAAACGGUUGCGUUUUCAGACGAUGUGGUGGGAGGCUUCUCAGACGCAGACGAUGCCUCAGUCAUAUCUAGAGAAGAAGCUGUUGGUGCGGAGUCAUCGAGGCAUUGAGAGAUACACUUGCAUCGCCUUUACUCAGCUGAGGAUAGGCUUGGCUUAUAGACAAGGGAUCAACAUGGGGAAUGAGUUCGAUUCUGGGAUUUCUUUGUACUUGUAUAAUAUGAAGCGCGAGAUGGUUUUUUUUUUUUUUUUUUAGAAAGUUUGGAAACUGGGUGCAAAAUUUGGACACAUUUACAGCGUAGUAAGUAUUGCUUGUUUCGUUAUACUCAUGAAGUCAACAGCAACAAAGGGCCUGACCUUCUAGAUUGGCUCCUAUUCAUAAUAAUACGCGAUAUGGGACAAA